AUGUGUGAAUCGCAUAUCAUAUACCAGCUUUGCGGGCACGUGAAGAUCAAAACCAUUGUCCAAUGUGCUGAUGUAAUCGAGAAAGUGAUAGCGUCCAAGUUACAGGCCAGCUGCCCACAUCAGCUCUGCGCCGAUGUCAGUGACAACAUCCACAUCUUCCCGGACAUUUGCGACAAAUGCCAGCAAAACGGGGUCAUUGGCGGUAUCAUGGAACAGCAGUCAGGCAUGAAGCUUAAAAUUCUGCAAAGUUGGAAGAAGCAGCACAAUUUCGACGCAGCAUCAGCGUCGCGAUCAGAUGGAGCAAAGGAGUCUCUAGCUGCCGCAAAUGACAGCGAGUUUGAAAAGAUCGAACAACUAGAGACACUCGGGGUCCUGAGGGUGGCAGGCAUUGCAAGCAUGGAGACAUCAGAUUCCGGCAGUCUCGUAACAACAUCAACCCCGGAGACUGUGGCAUCAAGCCAGACUGCCUGUGAAGGAACAACAGAUCUCAGCUCCAUCAAGACUCGGAUUGCGGCGUUGAAGGACCGGACCGAGCGGCUACUUUCCAGGGUUCGUGUACAUAAGACAUGGCGAGCAACUUCGGGCACCGAGUGAGGGGGUUAAUAGGGAACAAG